UGCGGCUGCUUGCAAAAACUAUCUCCAUGUAGAAACGCCUAAUAUUUUACCCAGGAAUUAAUAGCAAGUAACUGAACCAGACUCCCCAGAUCUGCUAAAUAACCCUAGUUGCAUUUGCCUUGAGUGUCGGGACACAUGGUGCGGGCCCCUCCACUCCUCUCCUGAGUGAUGGCCACCACGAGCUACACCCGAGUCCUCGUCCACCUGCGGCGGGCCACGCAGGAGGCACCGUACUCCUGUGCUCGGUUCAGUGAGUGCAUCCUGGACUCCCUGGGCCUGGCAGGGGAGGGCCUGGUGGAGUGCUCACUGCAGGAUAAUAGACUGCUUCUACAGAGUCCAGCAGAGAGUAAUAUUUCCACCUCUACUGGAAAUACUAAGCCGUCACUUUAUAAAAUUAUGCACCCACCGUUCUGUCCCAUCCAUCACCUGGACGAGGAGGGGCGGGACUGCCUUCCCCCUGAGAUAGUGGAGCGUGGGGUGGAUGUCGGGGUGGCUGUACUCCUGGAGUCCAGUGAUCACAAACUCUUGCUCACACAUCGUGCCGAACACAUGAGGACCUUCCCAAGCAUCUGGGUGCCUCCAGGAGGUCAUGUGGAGGAUGGAGAGGGUCUGGAGGAGGCUGGUUUACGGGAGCUUGAGGAGGAGACGGGACUGUUGGUGACUGAAGAAGAAAGAAAGAGCAGCCACAUCCUGGGACUGUGGGAGUCUGUCUUUCCUCCUGUGCUGAGUAUGGGGGACCCCAAGAGACAUCACAUCGUGGUGUAUCUACACAUCACCCUCGGCAAGACUUCAGAGCAACUCAAUAAAGAGUUCAAGUUGUGUCCAGAAGAAGUUGAUGCAGCUGCCUGGCUCUCAGUGAACCUAAUUAGACUGGCUGCAUUUAAUGAAGAUCAGGAUGACAAGUCAGAAGCAGACGACUGCAGUGAACUCAUCCCAGUCACACUUGUAAACAAGGAUGGAGAGCACGUGGAAGGAACCGUGGAAUCAUCCACCCUGACAAGGACUCAGGAAUCACAUCAACUAACUCCUGGCAGGAUAAGCACAGGCAGCAGAUAUGCUCUUUCCCUGUGGCUAAGUCAACACCUGACGGAGGUGGGUGACUCAGAAACCUCUCAGCAGCAUCUGUAUGGAAAAUUCAUGCAGGUGGACACUGCCAACCCACCUCAAAAGUCUAAAGUCUAAUAUUUGCAGUCCUGUUAAAGAAAAUAUUGAUGGCAUGGUUAUUAACGCUUGUUUCUGAGGAGGAAGAGGGCCAGCUGCUCCUGCUCGUCCACCGGCAGUGACUCCAGGGUGUUGCUCUGUGCCAGCCGCGCCCUCUUGGCCUCCCUCGCCUGCUCUUUGGUCCGGCGCUUCAGACUAGAAAACAAUCAUUAUGAAGAUCAAUAAAACUUGCUCCAUACUGAGCAGGGUUUGGGAGAAGCAAGGAACUGUGUGACUGAAAGUAGUGUCAGGCAGCCCUUCCAAGAAGAAAUACAACCAGUCAGUAUUGUACUAUACACCCCUUCCACUGCUCAAGAAAAAUACAUAAAAAAGUAAAUAGAUAAAAUGAGAAAUAAGUGUGGGUUAUCAGUUAUGGGUGUAGAUUUGAACCCUUUAAAGUAGGGAAUCCUCAU